AUGUCUACUGAAUCGUUGUAUGCUGCAGUAAACGAGGUUUUAAAAAAGCUUGUGGCAGAAGCGAUAGCGGCAGAGAAAUGUAUGAAGAUUGUUCAUAGGACGACAAAGAAAAAGAUUGCUCCUGACAAAAUGGAAGAAAUCCUGAAAACUGCGAAAGAUGAACUACAGGAAUCGGUAUUAAAUGGUGUUAGCCAGGUAAUCCAUAACGACGAGACUUGUGAUUUGCAAUAUAUGCUAUCAAGCCAUUGUUUUAUGUGCAUGCUUAUUAAGAGGUUAUCCGGAAGUGAAGCUAAUAAGGAAGCAAGAUGGCGUCCAAGUGGCAUUCCCUCGGAUGACAUUACUGGCCAUUUACAACCAGUUAUGUUUGACAUUGAGGAGAAUUUGAUUCGUUUGAGAUGCAAACUAGAGAGUGAAAUUCAGGCAAACAAGGCUCAAGCAAUGAUGCGAGAAGCAACAUUAUCUAACCAUAUCGUUCGCUCCCUACCAUAA